GUUUAUUCCUUCAACCUUCAGGCCCAACACGUAAGCCCAAAGAUUUCGAGUGGAGUGCGUAUGAGUAACUAGCCCAACAGACAGAUGAUAAGGAUCAAGAAACAAAUAAGUAGCAAGUAAAUGAUUAGGUAUUAUUAUCUCUUAAUAACUCCCUAAUACAAUACUUUUCGCUAAGGCUCCGUCGGCCGUUCGUCUUACAAGGCAGUAGAAGUGCUGCGAAUAGAAUGCUAUAGCUAGGGUGCUAAGAAUAGAAAGUUGCCAACCCCUUACAAUGAAAUAAAUGCUUCUAUUUAUACCCGCCAAUGGGCAGGUGGCUGUAGUGACGUGGCAGCCUGUGGACCGCUGGUGUCCCAACUACCAAAUCUUUAGCAUUAAAUGCACUUCCCGCCAGAAUCUAGGUUUCCCGCCGGAUUAGUGGGGACGUUCAUCCACCCGGGAAGUGAGUUGGAUUGCUCCAAGUGUACCCUUGAGAGAUAUCGGCUGUUCGUCUCCUGGCCUUGGAUGGUAUUCGUCAUGCGGACUGGGUUUCCCCGAUGACUACAGGCUUGUAGUGGGGACGUUCGUCGCCAUCCCUGGUGGCCCGUGGUUCUGCUCCUUGUCCCUGCAUAUACGUUCGUCGGGAUGAGCUGCUGGGCCUGAGUCCCCCAACACCAGACGUUCGUCCAUCCUCAGGGAACAUGGGCCCGUGGGUUGGCCUAGUGUUCUAACUGGACGUUCGUCUAGCAAAAUGGGUUAGUGGGCCGGACCUCGGCUUGGGCCCUUAACCCAACACAAGUCCCUCACUUCUGAUGUUCUGAGCAUGCGCAGGACAUAAGGAAGUAUGAACCUCCCCGAAGUGGACGUCCGUAUCUUGGUACUUGUGUUUAUUGCACCUGGUGGAAGCGUACGUUCGUGGUCAUGGUGCUUGACAGCCGUUGACGGUUCAGGAAACGAGGUGACGGCUGAUGUUGCGGCGGCGCAUUUUCCCGAGGAAGUGUCAUCAUUACGUUUCCAUCCCACGCACAGCGCGUGGGCCGGAAUACGCUCCUUGCCACGUGUCAGCCCCUCAUUCGUUUCUUCAUCGGUGUUUCUCCUAUAAAUGCUGGGUUUUCCCUCUGAAUUAGGGUUCCCAAUUUCUGCUUUCUUGCUCUCGAUUUUCUGCAGCUCUUCAAGUUUCCUGAAUCCAAGCUCGGCUAACUCCUUGCUAAGGUAAUUUCCACCCCCUGCUUCUUUCCUUUGUCUUGAAUUCUUGCCGAGAUGGUUUCGAUGGAGAUCUCAUCGAGUUCUGGUUCGGGUUCAUCGGGUUCUUCUUCGGGUUCAUCGGGUUCUUCUUCGGGCUCCUCCUCUGACUCCGGUUCACGCUCUUCGGGUGAGACUAGCACUUCCGGGAGUUCCGGUUCAGCCUCUACCGUGGGAACGGUCCAGGCCGGGGAUGCCCAAGAUGUGGUUGCUGUGGUGGUUCCUGGUGAAGAAGGUGCCGACUUGGGGGAGCAAGGGAAUAUGGCCCUCGAUGUUGUGGAUCCUGUGGCUGAAGCCGGGGAACAGGAGCCCGCUGGUGAGGACGAGCGUCCAGACGGGUAUGACUCUGGGGUUGAGGCUCAGGAUGGCUCCGACAUCGAAGUAUUCGAACUUGGGCUGAAGAUAGAUGUGGAGAGGCAUCUGUGCCCGAUCAAGAAUGUCUUGUGCCAUGAGCAGAUCUUCUCGCCGGUGGCCCUCAACAAACUGAAGGUGUUCUUCCCCCCUCCGUCCGUAUACAGCCUACGUGGUGCAACCCACGUGAUGAGGAGACGCCCAGGGAUGAUUAUGGUGCUUCUGGAUUCCAUCGAGGCUGGGCUGCGCUUCCCUCUUCAUCCGUUCUUCGUGGAAUUCUUCUGUUGUUACCAGAUAGCCCCCGCACAACUCAUGCCGAAUUCCUAUCGGUGGCUCUCCGCCUUCCUAGUCCGUUGCAAGGACCACGGGGUCACCGCCACUCUGGACUUGUUCCAUUAUUUCUACCGGCUCACCCCCCAAAAUUCUGACGGCUUCCUGAGCAUUGCUGCUCGUCCGAAACGGAGGUUGUUCAGCGGAGCACCGAGCUCCAUCCACGACUGGAAGAAUCGGUUUUUCUUCGUGCGGUACGCGGAUGCUCGUCUGCCGUUGCGUUGGAAUGGCUAUCCGCCCAAGAUUGGAUCUCCGGAGCUGACCAACGAUCUGCAGGAGGACAUCAAAAAGAUCUCGACGGGCGGCAUCCGCCCCUUAGACGACUUCUUAACCUUCGAGGCGCUCGCCGCGGCAGGAAUAGGUACCGCCCAUGCUCUUGGACAUCUCCCCUUCUACGCUCGUCUCGGGGUAUUGGGCGGUCCUCUCCUCCGAGGUGAUUUUUUACUGACGUUCGUCCAUCUAACCCAUUUCCUUUGUCUUUUUCAGGUCUUCCCCCAACCCAGGAGCAGAUGAAUCACGAAAAACUCCUCAAGAAUCGGAAGGGGAAGGGCGCCGCGGCCGACGCUGCCCUUGCCAAGGCCAAAACCGUCCAGGCAGCUGACUCCAACUCUUCCGCCUCCCAGGCCGAUCGUCGCACCGUGGAGGCGGAGCAGCACCUCAUUGCCACGGUGUUGGCACAAGGGUCCCAGGCCCCAGUCCUUGAUUCUGGCGUCCCCGAGGUUGUGGCGCCUCUGCAGGCCGUCCAUCCCCAGGAGGGGGAGAAAGCGGACAAAAAGUCCAAAAGGCCCAGGGGAACUGGUUCUUCGGCCCUUGAAGGGCAAGGGGUGAUCCUCCCCUCUCUCGGACGUCCGGCGCAUGACGUUUGGCAGGAGGUUGCCUCUCUGGCCGGCGUGGAGAUGCCUCCCCGCACGUCUUCGGAAGCCUCCAAUGCGGCCCUGGCCGCCGCUCUUCAGGUCGGGCUCUCCGUUCUGCAGUCUGAGGCUGCCCGAGAUGCCGAGGUCCUCCAGGCGAAGACCAAGGCAGAUGCUGCUCUGAAGAAGGCGAGAGAGGCCGCUCGUCUUCAGGAAAAGGAGCUUGCGGCCAAGGAUAAAGAAUUGCAGGCCGCCCUGAAGGCAGCUCGUGAGUCCUCCGCGAAGCUCGCGGUCCUCGAGAAGGCCGGGUUCAAGCUCGUCCCAGCUCUCCCUGCCCCCAAAGACGAAACCCCUGAAUGGCUCGUCGACGAUUCUGGGUACCACAACUCCGGGGCCUUCAUGAUUGCCGCCCAGAGGUACCUUGGGGGCGCCUUUGGUGAUGUCUUCGCUGCCGAGCUGCAAAAGCAGGCGCCCAAGGACCGCCUCAAAUUCGGGGUCCGAAUCCUGGAGAGUGCGCCCCUGGCCGAGAAGUUCCUGUAUGAUGUCGGGGAUAGCUCCUUCGUCAUUGGCUUCAACGAGGGGGUGAAAGCCACAUUGCCGGUCUUUGCCGCUCUUCAGGGCCCCCGAUUUGAUCUGGCCGAGCAUACCUCAGACCCAGAGCUGAUCCGGGCCGUGGGCAAGCUGAGACGGGACGCCCGGCGGGAGGAGGCCAGGGCCAGGGGGGAGGUCCCAGAGCCCCCGUCCCCCGAGCCCGAACCUGAGGAGGAAGAGGAAACCAUCCCUGGGGGAUCCCGGCCCAUUUCUCCAAAUUUUGUGUAGUGUAGUUCGUAGUUUAUUUGUUUUGAUCCUGUACUUAUCCGGCCAGUAGAGCCGAAGAAUAUACAACUCUUUUUUGCCUUAUCAUUGUCUCUACGCUCGUGAACUCUUUUUAUCUCCUUUCUUCGUUGGUAGUUUUUCGUUUUUCCUCGGGGAUGUUCAUGUCCAUAACUUGCCCUCGCGUCCCAAACUUUCGGGAUACGAACGUAUGCCUGAGAGCACCCCACAUAUAUUCCAUCCCCAAAUCCGUUCGUCAGAAGGAAGACGUGCGAAGAUGCGGCAGUUCUUUCGAAUCAGUUGGUGAAGACGCCCGUCUCUUGGCUAUUUGCGUAACCGUCCGUGGGGUCGCUCACGUCCACACUCCAUUCCUGUUCCUCGAUCCAUCGGGGUAUGAGCGUAUGCUUUGGGAGCAUCACAUAUGUAAACCACUCCCCAAGAUGCACGGGUUGCGGCCGUAACCCCCCGGAGUACGCUCGUCGGAUGCGCUUCCCCGAGCCAUGUCUUGAUGGGGGAGAUCGCCGCUUCCGGAGUAGCGUACCCUUUUGCGCCUGUGCUUAAGCCAGGUACCCGUCUCGGACGUGCGUCUGAUGUGAACAUGGGACCUUCAGGCACACACACGUCUUCCUGUGAAUUUGGCUUGCAGGUUCGUCCUCUGUUUGCCCCUUCGGGGGACGUUCGUGGCAUCAAGCCAGAUUAAUUCGCAGUGACUGUGAGGUGAUAACAUCGAGGAGCCUUCAAUACCGCGGUAGGUACCGGUAUCCGGAUGCCACGUGUUCCACCGUGAUUGGCGCAGCCUCGCGGUGCUGCCUAUAAGUACCCAAGGCCUUGUGAAACCUCCAUUUGCUCCAUUUCUCGCUCUUGUGCUGCACAAUCAUUUCCUCUCUCUAGCUUCCUUUGGUAUCGCUUCCGACUUCAGCAUCUGUAGGUACCGAACGUCGUCAUGUCUCUGUCCAUAUCAGGGUCCCAAACUAUUGAUAGGUUUGACGAUGGGUGCUCCUCUGGUGAUGACCUAGAGUUCUAUGAGCGGGGUAUGCCACCGUGGCCCCCCCGUCAUCACCUGAAUUUCUCUUGCGUUCGUCGCCAGCGCCAGCGUCUCUUGAACGCCGAUCGUCGGUUGAUAAGCCAAUGGUUCCUUCCCCCAAGGGGUUACGACGAUCGGAUUCUGCGCAACCCAAUGCGCCAUUUGCCCGGCUACGUGGUGGUCCACUUGGACUCUGUCAUAGCCGGCCUCCUGUUUCCCCUCCACAGCUUCCACAUAGAGCUUUUUAGGGACCUCCGGGUGAUACCCGCUCAGUUCGUCCCUGCUGCUUAUAGGAUCAUCGCGGGUUUUAUAAUUAGAUGUCACAGCGUUGACGUGACCCCCACCGUGGACCUGCUGCAACAUUUCUUCCGGCUAUCUCCUUUCGGACGUACGGGGUAUUUAACCCUGAUCGCGCGUCCGUCCAUGGUCCUGUUUUCUAACAACGCCGGGAAUCCGGACGGCUGGGAGGAGCGGUUCUUCCUUGCCGAAGUGGGCUCCCCGAUGCCAUUCUCCGAUAGGUGGAACGCCUAUCCGGUGAAGUCCAUCCCGCCGCCCAUGACGGAUGAGGAGCUCGGCUAUGCCAAGCGCAUAGCUGGUCUUGGCGUUCAGAACCUCCGGUCGCUGGUGGCCGAGCCUUUCAAGGCCCGGGCCGGGCUAGGUGCGUCUAUUUGUACUUGCAUUGUCCUGUCAUCUUCUAGUUGUUACGAUUCUGAACGUCUUGAUUUUCUUCCUGCAGGAGUAUUCCCAACUAUAUCAUCCAUGGGGCGCAAUCAUAUUAUUUCGCAUGCCCGUGGCCGCGACAACAGGCAUGAGGAUAAGGGCAGGAAGCCGCUCGUCCCCAAAAUUGAGCCUCGGACGAGCAGGAGGCGGUCAGAUGACGCACCAGAGGACGGGGCUUCGAAGAGGCUCCGCAUUGAUGGUACCGCCUCCAAAGCCAUCAUAGUGGCUGAUGACUCCGACGGUGAGCCGGGGAGUCCCCUGAAGCGGAGGCCCUCCUCCCGGAACAAGCCCCCUGUCUCCCCUCCGGCCAAUUCUGAGGUCCGUCGACUUAGGGAUGAAGAUGUCCCUGCUUCCAAGGGUUCUGACGAUGCUCGUCCCCCUUCGCCCCCAGAAACCAACGGGUCCUCCCUUGGCCUUAUCGAAUUCUCGGGGGUUGGCCCUCGUAAGGAAUCGAUGAUGCUCUUCGGCCAGACCGCAUCUUCAAUCUGGUGUGGCCUUAACCUCAAGGUCCCCCAGGAUUUCGCCGCCCAGGAAGCUCCUGAGGAUCUCCUGGAGUGUGGGCAGAGCACUCUUGACAAGGCCGGGUUAUAUUUCCACCGGGCUCGGAUGGCCUUUGAGAGUCAAGGCAGGGAAAUGGCCCGGGUGCGGGCUGAAUGCGACGCCCUUCUGAAGAAUGCCAAAGGCAGGGCUGGGACGCUCCAAGAGAAGGCUGACGCCUAUGAUAAGCUCGUCCAGGAGAACGCUUCCCAGAAGGAACUCCUUCGGAAGCAGGAGGCCGAGCUUGUAGAUCUUCGCAGCCGGCUGUGGGCUGUGGAACAGGCUAAGGUGGGGAUCCGCCGUACGGGUGUGGAUAAUCAUGUCCCCAUCUAUGAAGCCGAUGUUUCGAAGAUCAAGGAGUCUGGUUCCAUCGAGUUCCAGAAGUCCAAAGCCUACACCGGUGCCAUCCAGACCAUGGCCAGGAAAUUCCUUCCGAGGUUCGUCGGCGAGUUCUUGGCCACCUGCCCGGACCCUUAUCUAGAUGGUAUCAAGCUGCUUCAGGCCACCCCCACUGGGGAGCGCUUCCUUGAUGAUCUUGCCGACGAUACUUAUCUCAAGGGUAUGGUCGGCCUUGUGGCAGAGAACCUUCCUGUCUUUGAGCGUCACUUUGGGGCCCCUUUUGAUCCUGCGGCAGCUGGCUUUGAUUCCCUGAUGGUGGACGCCCAUAAGGGGGCCCUUGAACUGCUGAGGGAGCGUAAGGAGCGCGAAGAAGCUGAGGCCGGGGAAAAAACCAGGCAGGUCCCCUUUUCGGCCCCAACUCCUGACGCCGGCCAAACUUAACUCUCCGCUCAUAGUCUGUACUUCACAAUUAUUUACACUGUAAUUUUCAUUACACAUUGUACUUUCCGGUCAUCAGUGCCGAAGAAUAAAAAUCAUUAUUUGCUCCAUGUCUCCGUAUCUCUCUG